AUGAAUUUGUUGAAGAAAACCGAAGAGCAUGAGUUGCCCAACAGCGAUCAUACCGAAGUGGCAGCAAAAGAUCCAGCUACAGAGGUAGACGAUAUCGAGAAAACCGAUGCCGGCGCCUUUGUCUGGCUAGUUGCAUCGACUGCUUCCAUUGGAGGCAUGUUAUUCGGCUAUGACACCGGCAUCAUCUCAGCUGUCCUCGUGUAUUUGCACGACGACCUAGGUCAUUUUCUAUCCCCUAGCGAAAAGGAAAUGGUUACAUCCCUGUGUUCAGCUGGCUCGUUUGUCGGCGCCAUAAUCGCCGGCCUGACGGCCGACAAAUACGGUCGAAAAGGGGCCAUGUAUAUCGCAUGUGUUCUCUUUACUGUCGGUGCCAUUCUCCAAGCUUCUGCAUACUCUAUCCCUCAAAUGGUGGUGGGUCGUUUUAUUGUGGGCUUUGGUGUCGGGUCCGCAGCUAUGGUUGUCCCUGCGUAUAUCGCCGAGAUUGCACCCACCAAGUAUCGUGGUCGGAUGACUGGCCUCAACAAUGUCAGCAUCACUGGUGGCCAGGUUAUAAGUUAUGCUCUAGGGGCUGCGUUUGCACCGGUUCCCUCCGGAUGGCGAUAUAUGGUCGGCCUGGGUGCAGUCCCCAGCUUAUUGUUCGGGGCUCUUCUGCCGUUCUGUCCAGAAUCCCCCCGUCAACUGGUCUAUCAUGGCAAACAUGAGCAAGCCGCGGGGGUACUACAGCGAAUCUUUCACAAUGCUUCUCCCGAGCAAGUCUCCGCUAAAAUCCGGUUAAUCGAUGAGACGGUGCAGCAGUCUCGGCUUUUGGACCAGAGUCAUCGCCGGCGGGCUAUAGUGAAGCAACUGCAUACGAAUGCGGCAUAUUUCAGGGCUCUAGUGUGUGCAUGUGGCUUGAUGGUUAUCGGACAGAUGUCUGGGUUCAACGUGCUGAUGUACUACUCCGGCACCCUAUUUUCACUGGUCGGCUUCUCCAACCCCGUAGCCGUGAGCCUGGUCGUCUCCGUCACGAACUUCGUCAUGACAUGUGUCAAUAUGGCCGUAGUGGACCCUUUUGGCCGUCGCCGACUGUUGGUAUCUACCGUCUGGGGGAUGGGUGUGGGCCUCCUGGCGGUCGCUGUCGCUUUCCUAUAUCUCCCUAUUGACCUGGAAACACUGGAAAUGCAGGAGAAAGAGGUGACCACACCAGCAAUAGUGGUUCUUGUGUUCAUCAUCUGGUUUGUAAUUUUCUACGGGGUGUCAAUUGGGAAUACCGCCUGGAUGAGCACCGACUUCUUUCCGAUGGAAGUGCGCGCAAUUGGGUCCAUGUAUAUGACCUGUUGCUGCUGGGGGUCCAACCUGAUCGUCUCCUCCACCUUUCUCUCCAUGAUGAAAGGCAUCACUCCCUCGGGGGCUUUCGGGUUUUAUGCGGCUAUUUGUCUUAUCGGCUGGGUGUUGAUCAUACUUUUCUAUCCGGAAAUGUCUGGUCUUACUCUGGAGGAGGCGCAGGAGGUUUUCCGCCACGGAUUUGGAGUCAAGUACGCCUCUGCAUUGCGAAAGGCCAGGCGUAAUGGCAGCUGUUAG